GAUAAUACUCGAUACCUCUCUACGAUGGUACUGUCGUCACCUACACUAUCGAUAACUUUAUGUAUUCGAGGUUUUGUUGGUAAACGAUGCACGGUGUCAACAUUGACGCGGUAAUCAUGCGCUGAUGGGACACGUUGAUUGUAGAGGUAGUCAGUGUAGCGUGCGAACAGCGGUCUCGAAACACUAUUACAAUGAUAGGAGACAGAUGCUAACCAUUCGCUGAUAAAGUAAUUUCAAGAAUAUACCCAGACGAAAUGUUUUGGUAUAUAUUUUUAUUAGUAUCCAGUGUAAAACUUUUGCUUAUCCCAACAUACCGUUCAACAGAUUUUGAAGUUCAUCGUAAUUGGCUCGCCGUAACUCAUAGCCUACCGAUCAAGGAGUGGUACAAUGACACAACUUCAGAGUGGACGCUUGAUUACCCACCUUUCUUCGCCUGGUUUGAGUACAUUCUGUCGCACAUUGCACAAUUCUUUGAUCCUGAAAUGCUAAAAGUUACGAACCUCAAUUAUGCAUCCUAUUCUACAGUUUUGUUCCAAAGACUGUCUGUAAUUGUAGCAGACCUCAUGCUAGCUUUUGGUACAAAAGAGUGCUGCCAGUAUUUGAGUGCAAGUGGAGUUAGAAAAAGCAGUAAAUGGAAAUCUCGUUGGAAGUCUCCGGCUACAGUCCUGCAAGUCCUGCUUCUGUGCAAUGCUGGUCUUCUGUUGGUUGACCACAUACACUUCCAAUACAAUGGCAUGUUGUUUGGUGUCUUGCUCAUGUCAAUUGCAAGAAUGUUACAGGGUUGCACUAUGGAAUCUGCAGUCUGGUUCUGUAUCCUUCUCAAUUUGAAGCAUAUUUUUGCAUAUGUAGCACCAGCAUAUUUUAUAUAUUUGCUUCGCAAUUACUGUUUUGAUUCAACUCAACCAGUGACUUGGAGCAGAUUCUCAAUGACAAAAUUUUGUCAACUUUCAGUGGUGGUUGCAAGCAUUUUUAUGAUCUCAUUUGGACCGUUCAUAGUGUUGGGUCAGUUUGCACAGGUCAUGUCACGCCUAUUCCCUUUUAAGCGAGGUUUGUGUCAUGCAUAUUGGGCACCGAAUUUUUGGGCUCUCUACAAUGUAGCUGACAAGGCAGCAGCCUUUGUUGGCAGGAAAUUAGGAAUGAAUUUGCAACAUAGCUCUGCUGUGAUGACAGGUGGACUUGUGCAAGAAUUUGAGCACACUAUACUGCCUUCUGUCUCUCCGAAAAUGACUUUCAUGCUAACUCUGGUGUCUAUACUGCCAGCAAUUAUGAAGCUGUGGUAUUCACCUGGCAACCCACUUCAUUUUGUGCGCUGUGUUAUCUUGUGUGCUGGGGCCUCCUUCAUUUUUGGAUGGCACGUCCAUGAGAAAGCUAUUCUCAUGGUAAUAAUACCCUUAAGCUUGAUGGCUGUGGUAUGGAAGAAGGAAGCCCAGGCAUAUCUUCUGCUGGCUGUUGCUGGUCAUUACUCUCUUUUUCCGUUGAUCUUCACUGCAGCCGAGUUGCCAAUCAAGAUACUACUGCUGCUUAUGCAUUCAGUGUAUUCUUUCUUUAGCCUGUCGGGCUUGUUUGAUGUACAGGGCAUGGAACGCACUUGGGCAUUACCACUAAUGUCCAAGGCUGAAUCAGUCUACCUCCUGGGUUUGUUUCCACUGUUUAUAUUUGAGACUGUUGUGCACUCACUGCUGAAUCUGAAGACAUCUCUCCCCUUCCUACCUCUUCUCCUGACUUCAGUUUACUGUUCCAUUGGUAUUAUUUAUGCAUGGCUGAAAUAUUACCAACAUUUCUUAUCCACUAAUGAAGUCAAUCACAAGCGAAAAGCACACUGACAGUGACUGUCAGAGGCAUUUAAAAAUGUCACAAUGAUGUAAGGCUAUUUCCACAUGAACAUAAUGGCUACAUUUUAUUGUAUCAUUGGAACUCACUGUCAUCACAUUUAUAAUCAAAGCUGAUGUUUAGACACUUCUCUGUUUCUAAAGAAGUCAUCAGAAUGCAACUGGAAGGAAAGCCUGAAAUAAGUAAAAUGCUGCAUUGCAUAUUUUAUACUGUAGCUCAAAAUCACUAAUAUUUUAGAGUAAUAUACUCAACAUCUAUCAAAAUUUCAUGUAUAAUAUAAUUAUAUAUGUGAAUACUCUGCUACUUAACAAUUAAAGAGGAGCUGAGCAACAGACACCUGGAAACUCAGCUAGUUAUAAUUGUAAUUUUUAUUGAAGUGUUGCAAUAAAGAAGUAAACUCAUUGCUUUGGUAAAUGCAUUUUAAUGUAUUUUUCUUUAACAAAUAUUGUAAUAACAAAGAGCACUCACGGCAGAACAAAAAGGAUGAACUGGACAGUUCACACCAAGACUUGAUCCAAGUUGAACUAAAGAAUACUAUUAGAAUGACAAUUUUUUUUUUAAAAAAAAAAAAAAAAAAAGAUAAAAAUUAUAUAAAUUCAAAUAUCAUAAUGCUGCAAUUGUCAUCAUAUGAUAGUUCAAUAAUUGGUGUCUAUACAAAUAUCACGGUAGUUUAAGGGUGUGGGGAAAGUGAUAUCAAACAGCAAAGAGGUACAGGAAACACACACUUGAAGUAACUGUGGGAUAACACAAACACUUACACACUGCUUUAAUUCUUGUGGUGUCCAUAACAUAACGCUGUCUACUUGUUUCAUUAAAAGCAUCCAAUUGGAUGGCAGUGUCACAAGGUUUUAAAUCUCAUAGCAUUCUGAAAUCAGGAGGAGCAAUGGCAAUUUUUAAUACUUAACUUGGAAAAUGUACAUUAAA